GGUGGACGAUGCCUUUGGCUUCAAAUCAAGAGCUUGAUUUCGAAGUGACGACCAUUGAUUAUGACAAUGUUGGUCUGGCUUUGAGUCAAGAACUUGAUUUUGAAGUGACGACCAACGAUUAUGACGGCAUUGGUUUAGCAACGGAGAAGAAACUGAAGAAGGUGGAGCAGGAGGUAUCGGCACCGGUCGGGAAAACAUAUUACAAAGGAGUGAGAAGGCGGCCGUGGGGAAAGUAUGCGGCGGAGAUAAGGGACCCCAAAAAGAAUGGGGCGAGGAUUUGGCUCGGCACUUAUGAGAGACCCGAGGACGCGGCAUUGGCUUAUGACCGGGCAGCUUUUAAGAUGAGGGGGUCCAAGGCCAAGGUCAACUUCCCUCAUCUCAUCGGCUCGGCCGAGUACGAGCCUGUCAGAGUCAGCCGCAAGUGUUCGUCUGCCGAGCCUAGCUCGCCAUCCACAUCUAGCGAUGACGGCUCGGUGACGAGGAUGAAGAGGAGAAGGGGAGAGGUCAAUGUGGAUGCGGAAGUGGAUUUUGGAACUCCAGUACCCUUUCCCGUAAUGGAUAUGGGUUUUUGGAGUGGGGAUGAAAAAUUUUCACUUUGA